AUGUAAAAUAAUAAAAUUACCUCCUUUCAUCUCAAAAAAAUGUUGACUCCUAUCCAAAACAAGAAAAGUUAGGACUAAUUUUUUUAAAAUUAAAUCUAAUCCUUUGUACAUCUAAAGUCAUAUAUGCCAAUCAACCCUUUAAGAUUACCUUAACGAAAACACAAAAAGGUAGCAGAUUUGACAUAAAUUGAUGAUAUUAAAUGUAAAUCUUGAUAAAAUAAGAGCUAAUUUAAUAGAAACAAUAAAUAAGAAAAACACUCUCGAACGGUUCAACUUUGUAAACUUUUGAAUUGCCUGAAUAUAUAGGAGUCUAAACAAUUGUAGAGGAAAAUGACGAAAAGGCAAAAUCUUACACUAAAUAGCCAUCCCCAUCUUAUGUCCAUUAUCACAAUCAUACAAAGUAAGUGAUGAAUUUAAUGAAAAAUGCUCAUCAAUAAUUAUCUCCAGUUAUUGGUAAAAAAAAAUUAGAAGCAAAUCUGAUAGAAACAUUAGAUUUCAAUCAAUUUAAAAGGUUGAUGAAAGCAAUUUACUAGCCAAAAAAAUAACUCAAUAAAUAAGUACCUAUGAAAAAAAGGACCUAUUCAGAAAAAAUUUUCCAAAAUAAACCUCUUGAAUAAAAUAAUUGA